AUGUGGUUGAUUUUAUAUCAUUUUUCUGCAAUAAUUAUUGGAAUAUUUUUGAAUACACUUCUCAUUUUCACAAUUCUCAAGAAAAGUCCUCCGAAUAUCAAAAAGUAUGCAGUUAUGAUUUUGAAUUUUGCAAUCACCGAUCUUCUUGCUACAAUUCUUGACGGACUCGUUAUGCAAAGACUCGUUGCAUGUGGAAUUUCAGUUGUUUAUAUUUCAAUGGGUCCUUGUAAUUGGAUUUCGAGUAGAUUCUGCUUUUCACUGUAUAUUUUAGAUGUGCACAUGUUCACUCAUACUAUUUGGAUUCUAAUUUGCUCAUUCUUAUACCGUUAUUACGUUCUAAUUCAUCCAGAAUUAUCAAGAUUAAAGAUUCAGAUUUUCAUAACUCUUGUUUAUCUUCCAUCAUCUCUUAUUUUGAGCAACAUUUUUUUGAACACUGAUAGCGAACAUGAUGCUUUCAAGAUAAUGACCAAAUCACAUCCAGAAAUCAAUAUAACUGGACUGACUCUUUCAGCAACUUGUUCAAUAUUUGAGAUCCAUGUCAUGUAUACAAUUAUUGUUGUAGUCGGAUUAGGACCACCUCUAACUAUCACUUGUUUCAUUCUACGAAACCUUAUAAUACAAAAAGUCAAAGUUUCUUUAAACUCAUCAGAUUCAAAAAAGUUACACUUACAAUUCAUUCAGGUAUAACUUUGCCUUUCUAAAUUUUUAAUAAAAUCCUGAGCAGUAAUAAUUUGUAGGCUCUAACAUUUCAAGCGUGUAUUCCAGUUUUCUAUGUUUUUGCUGGAAUGUGUUAUAUUGUUCAAGUUUUCGAUUUGAUAACAAAUGAAUAUCCUGCAGAUUUGUUGUUUUGUUUUGCAAUUAUUGUCCCAAUUCUCAAUCCAAUUUCUUCAUUUAUUUAUAUUGGACCAUAUCGAAAAUUCAUUGGAUCGUUUUUCCGAAAACAACAAGGAUUACAACCAUGCCUAGUGCAUCCGAUGAAUAUCAGCAGCACAAUAAAUUAA